UAUAUAUAGCGGUCAGCUUGGCAGGACUGAUUCAGAGUUUAGGAGAGUCUCACACACACCUCAAUAUGAACGCUAAGGUCAUCUUCGUCUUCCUGGGACUGGCUGCCAUGGCUGCCGCUGACAGCCGGGAAAGAUAUUCUUAUUCCGCCCCAAGAGCUUCAUCCAGCUCCGAGGAAUCGUUCGAGUCCAGCGAAGCCAAGUACAGCUUCAACUGGGCCGUGAGCGACGACUCCUCCAGCAAUGAAUUCGGACACCAGGAAUCUCGAGACGGAGACGACACUCAGGGAUCCUACUACGUCCAGCUCCCCGACGGGCGCCUCCAGAAGGUGUCCUACCACGUCGACGGAGACGACGGCUACGUGGCCGAAGUAUCCUACGAAGGAGAGGCCCAGUUCCCCGAUUCCGUGGAAUCCGGGUCCAGUGAAUCCUUCGAGGCUCCCAGAUACGCUCCACCAAGGCCUCGUUACUAUGCCCCAGACUCCAACGAAUCCAAGUAGACUCUUCUCCUAGUCCCAAUAUUUAUUAAUUUAUUGAACGAAUCACCACGACUUCGAUUUGGUGCAA